CACGUGUCCCCCCAGCGCUUGGAAGUCGGAAUCAGAUUGAGAAUCGAGCAGGAAACAGUGCAGAGAGCCCAGGGGAGUCUCCCCAAAAAACUGGUGAUGGUCUCUGUGCCCCCCAAAGCCAAGGGCAAAGCCAAGAAGAGCAAAGGUUGA